AUGGAUGGUGUCGGGGAGCAGAGCCGAGAUGGGCCGCUCAGACUCACGGACAUCACCGCAGACAGAAGCAUGUCCUCUGUACCAGACUAUUACGCUGGGAAGAACAUUCUGAUCACUGGAGCGACUGGCUUCAUGGGCAAAGUGCUGGUGGAGAAGCUGCUGAGGUCGUGUCCUGAAGUCAAAGCAUUGUACAUCCUGGUGAGGCCUAAAGCGGGACAGUCCAUGCAGCAGCGGGUCAGCGACAUGAUGAAGUGCAAGCUUUUCGACCGAGUGCGAGAAGACGACCCAGACUUUCACCAAAAGAUCAUCCCCAUCAGCAGUGAGCUGACCCAGCCUGGUCUGGCCAUCAGCCCGGAGGACGUGGAGAAACUCUCAGGCUGCAUCAAUAUCGUCUUCCACUGUGCAGCCACCAUCCGCUUUGACGAGCCCCUCAAACAUGCUCUGCAGCUGAACGUAAUCGCCACGCAGCAGCUCCUCAGCCUGGCUCAGCAAAUGCAGCACCUCCAAGCCUUCAUCCACAUCUCCACCGCCUAUGCAAACUGCAACCGCAAGCACAUUGACGAAGUCAUCUAUCCACCACCAGUGGAACCCAAGAAACUCAUCGACUCUCUUGAAUGGAUGGAUGAAGGCAUCGUGCGAGACAUCACUCCUCGACUUAUUGGAGACCGGCCCAACACCUACACCUACACCAAAGCCCUGGCCGAGUACGUGGUCCAACAAGAACAGGGGAAACUCAGCAUUGGCAUCAUCAGACCCUCAAUCGUGGGAGCCAGCUGGCAGGAACCUUUCCCGGGCUGGAUCGACAACUUCAACGGGCCGAGUGGAGUUUUUAUUGCUGCCGGAAAAGGAAUCCUGCGCACCAUGAGGGCCAACAACGAUGCGGUGGCAGAUUUGAUCCCUGUAGAUGUGGUCAUCAACCUGACACUGGCGGCUGGCUGGUACACUGCCGUGCACAAACCUAAAACCGCUCUGGUGUACAAUUGCACGACUGGUGGCAUCAAUCCUUUCCACUGGGGAGAGAUCGAGCAUCAUGUGAUGUCAUCCUUUAAGAGGAACCCCCUGGAGCAAGCUUUCCGCAGACCUAAUGCCAACAUUACCUCAAACUAUCUGAUGUACCAGUACUGGAUUUUGGUCAGCCACAAGUUUCCUGCCUUUAUUUAUGACUUAUUCUUACGUCUCUCAGGCCAAAAACCACAGAUGAUGAGAAUCUUUAAUCGUCUUCACAAAGCCAUUGGUUUACUGGAAUACUUCAGUAGCCAGGACUGGGAGUGGAACUCCGACAACAUGAGCAUGCUCAUGGGUCAGCUCACUCCUGAGGACAGGAAGACUUUUAAUUUUGAUGUACGCCAGUUAAAUUGGCCUGUGUACAUUGAAAAUUACUGUAUUGGCACCAAGAAGUAUGUUCUGAACGAGGACAUGUCGGACAUUCCUGCUGCUCGACAGCAUCUUAGAAAGCUGAGGAAUAUCCGAUACACCUUCAACACACUGCUGGUGGUUUUCAUUUGGAGAGUGUUUAUUGCAAGAUCACAAAUGGCCAGAAAUAUCUGGUACUUUGUGGUCAGCCUCUGUUUCAAGUUCUUGUCAUACUUCCGCGCAUCCAGCUCUCUGACUAAAUAA